ACCUCCCGUUCUUUCUUCUUCCUUUUCCUCUGCUCUCUCCACUCUGGUCUCUACACUCCAUUAAAUCUUCUCUCAGAGGUUUAAGCUAAGCUGCAAUCGAUCGUCUUCUUCCCCACCUGGUAAUAUUUUCGGGACAACCUAGCGAUGGCAUUCGAGCAGUAUUUCGUCCGGGACUGGAAUUCGAUUCCGGCCUCAGCACCAACAACACAUUCGGACAAAUCCUCGACUUGCUUCGACUGCAACAUAUGCUUAGACUUGGCAACCGAUCCAGUCGUAACCCUCUGCGGCCAUCUCUACUGCUGGCCCUGCAUUUACAAAUGGCUCGACACUCAGACCGCCUCCCUCCCCUCCGGUCAGCUCCCUCGCUGCCCCGUCUGCAAGGCUGAAACUUCCGAGAAAACGAUGGUCCCUCUUUACGGCCGCGGCCAGCCCCUGUCAGAACCGGACAGUAUCCCUCCCCGGCCACCUGCCUCCGGAAUUCAAGCUCUUACAGACUUUUUGUCCAGACAGCCGUCCUAUGAUCCCUAUCAGCAGCAGUAUCUGAAUCAGUACAUCCAUCCAGGAUACUCGGGACCUCGUCUGAAUAACAUCCGUAGCAGUGUAUCUCAUCCGUUGGUUGGGAUGCUCGGGGAGAUGGUCCAUGCUCGAGUUUUCGGCAAUGCAGCUUCCGGGCUUUAUGCGUAUCCCAAUUCUCCGGCUAGAAGCAUUACGCCGAGGCUGCGACGCCGGGAGAUCGAGGCCGAUAAAUCGCUUAACAGAAUCUCCAUUUUCUUGUUCUGUUGCUUUCUUUUGUGCCUUCUUCUGUUUUGAAAGUUUUAGACGAUGGACUGUAUCUGUGAUGACAACAAAAAAAAAAAAAAAACAUAAGAAAAGAA